AUGCCUGACGAAUCCGAGAAGUUUUUCCCAAAUGUUAUUGAAGAGCAUGUUAAACCCUUCAUGGAAGGCGACAACCUUCAAAAAUUGAAAAAUACACAUCAAAGUCAAGGGGAAAAGGAGAAAAAUAGAGAGAUGAGCUCCGAAAGUGAAGAAGAGACAUCCGAAAAAGCAGAAUUAAAAAGGAAAAAUUUCUUACAAGCCAUGCAUAACGGUGGGAUUAUCACCGAUUAUCAUAAGAAUAAGAGAGGAAAUUACACUGUUCACGUUAAAUUACCUUCAAACGAGGUUGGAACUUUUGCCAAUAUUUCCGGAGAACAUUUCAAUAAAUUCAAAACUCAAGUGGCUAAAGAAAUUCCUGGGACGGAGCUUCAUCACCAUCGUGAAAAAUUUGAAAAAGUUAUGAGCGAAGGUGGCCACAUUGAAGACGUCGUCAAAUUUGAAAGUUACUCGGUACACGUAAAAAUGCCAGAAGGGAACGUUGAACAAUUUGGAAACAUUUCCAAAGAAUACAUCGACAAAUAUAAGGAUCGUAUUGAUUUGCAUCCAGAAAUUGAAUAUGACAAAGCUAUCGAUCAUCAACAUCGGAAGGGUGAUACGUUUGGUGCUUGCAUGGAACGUCCCGGCGCUACUAUUAUCGGUUACCACGCUCAUCCUUUUUAUUCUUUACACGUAAAGACUUCAGAUAAUAGAAUGGAAUACUAUUCGCAUAUCAGUGAAAAGAUUUUGGAAAAAUAUAAACGUCCAGAACCUCAAUAA